UAAUCCCUGUAAACGCACCCCGGGCUGUCCUCAUUUCAUAUUCUCCAUUCUCUCACCUAGGGUUUGAUAAAGAAACAGACACUCUUCAAUGGCAGCUGUUCAGGAGGUCCAGAAUGGAGAAGCAACCGAGAAGGUCCCCACUCCGGUCGUCUUCACGGCGUUGAAGCCUCAGCUGUUGGUGGAGGCACCGAAAGCGAGUGAAGCUGUUCAGUUCUACAAGUCCGCAUUUGGCGCUGUGGAAAAUGGCCGUACAAUGCACAGCAAACGCAAGGCUGAGCAGGAGCUCCCUCUCAUUCUCUCGGCGCAGCUCGAGAUUGGCGGCUCCACUAUGCUCAUCUCUGACUCAGUUGACGACUCAACCGCUCCAGUGAAGAGCGUGACUGGCGGAUGUGUGCUCUGCUUGGAAACUGAAGACGUGGAAGCUGCUAUUGUCAAGGCCGUGAACGCUGGUGCUGUCAAGGAGGGCGAAAUCAUUGAAGGUGAAGGCGCGUGCUUUAGUGGGCUCGUCGGCAAGGUCAAGGAUCCUUACGGUUUCACUUGGCUCAUUUGCUCCCCAGUGAAGAAGUGCACUGACGUGGAAGGUUAAGAGUCGUCUGAUCUAAUCGUGAUCUUGAUCUUUCAUGAUCUCUUUUUCUUUCUGUUUGGCUUGAAUGCACCUUCUGGUUUAGUCAAUGAAUAGGGCUAGGCUCUUGGUCUAAGUAUUUCAAACAUGCUUUUGGUUAAUUUUGAACAAAAACUGACAGCUGGCAGUUCUUAACUACUUACUACUGGUAUUAUUGUUA